AUGGUGAAUAUACUUGUAGAAGAUAUUACUGGACAACAGGCAUCUAAGACAUAUUAUCGUAGCUAUUCUUUUAGCCAAAAAGCAAUUAUCAUUUUGUAUUGUGGUAUUUCAGAGUGUAUUUACUGCUUAACUAGUGUUGGUGUUACAAUUAUGACAUCAAGUCAUAAAUCAGCUUUAGGACUUCCUACUAAAUUAGCUCCAUAUCGAUCUGACACAGUUUACCCGGCAAUGAUAGCUACUACGCUAUCCCAAUAUGAAUAUGUUCUUAUAUGUGAUAAAUCCAACAUCCGAGUGUCUGGAUCACCACAUGUAUAA